AUGGAGUUGUGGACUGAGUGUCCAGGGGCUGCACCCACUGUCCCUGCCCUGGGCACCCUUCUCCUGCUGAGCAGCUUCUGGAUCAAGCAGUGGGAUUCAGGCACGAUCCUGCAGUUCAGCCUGGUCCUGGGAGGUGUCCUGAUCAUCCCCAUUGCUCCUCUCAGGCUUUCCUACCUCAGUCUUAGCAACCAGUGGCCAUUUGGGAAGUUCCUCUGCCUUCAAGUUUUCCUGUACUGCAGCAUCUAUUUCCUGAUGUUCACCUGCAUCCACCAGUACUUUGGUGUUGUAUGGUACAAGAGCAGGUCCCUCUGCAAGAAUCUGGAAAACCUGUGCUUGUUCAUCUGGCUCAUCCUCUGUGUCCCAGGGUUGCCUUUCUUCUUCCUCCUCAAGACUUCAGUCCCAGGCUCAACAAAAUGCCUGGAUAUUCGUAUUUUCUUCUUCCACACCAUAGUUCUUGUUUUGCUCUCUUCCCUCCUGUCCUUUGCCAUUUCCCUGAUUUGUGGAGCUCUGUUGGGAGCUGCCACUGCUGCAGCAGCAGGGAAAGCUCCAGAGGCAGCAGAGGAAGAGCAGGUCUCUGCAGAUGAUUGCAGGUUUCUGCAGAUGAUUGCAGUGUCUCUGGUGGGUUUUGCCACCUACUUUGGCUCCCUGCACAUCUGCAGGACCACUGGCAUCCUUGUGAAGUCCUGUGGCAUGUCUUGGCACCUCUUGCACAGAGGAGCAGUUGUCUCCAACAUCAUCAUGGCAAACACCUGCCUGGAUCCCCUGAUUUAUGUGUUUGCCAAUGUUUGCCAAUGCCAAGGGAACCUUUCUGACUCAUUUUGCAAAUGCUGGGCACCAAGUUCCCAGAACUAA